GUCACUAUACUUAACCGUCGUGAAGAAGUCCGCCAUUUUGGCUCAAACAAAGUCAGAAAGUACUUAAUCUCUGGGAAAUAUUUUGCAUCCCUUUCCAUUUAGACCUUAUUAAAGUUAAAAGAGAACUACUCGUGUUUCCACUUUUUUUUUUCCUUGAAAGUGUAACUUUUGCAGGUGUGCAUGUUUAGUGAAUAGCAGUUAUAGGCGGAAUCUCCAGCUGAGUCUGCAGAGCUGUCCCGACGGUGACUACAUACAGUUCUGCUGCUUUUUUCUCAGUCUACCGCUAUGGGAGGCUGCUCCGCUCCAAACUGCUCCAAUUCAACCAGCAUAGGGAAACAGCUAUUUAGAUUCCCCAAAGACCCAGUCCGUAAGAAGAAAUGGCUGGUGAACUGUAAACGAGACUUUGAACCGACCCCUCACUCCAGACUUUGUCAGGUAAGUUUACAUGUAGGUGCUGAUGUGGCUGCAGUAAUAAUCUGUGAGAUGUCUCCACACUGAGGACUUUGAAUUGAUCUAGAGUGAAAAUAGAAAAUAAAAACAGGAUGAUGAAGUAUCUUCAAAUGAUUAGUCAAGUGUCAAAGUGUUGCUAGGAAACACAUGGGCGCGUACUGAGGGGUGGCCAAGAGCAGGAACAUCCCCCUCCUCUUCAAAUCCCAUUAGCCAAACCCACUGGCUACACUAAAAUCCUCAACAAUCAUUUUAUGAUCCAAAUGACAGGGGUUGGACUGAUGUAAAGAGCUACAUUUUGGGCUAUUUUGCAGCUUCAACGUUUUUUUCACAGACUAUGAAAAAAUAUAGCCUCAGAGAUGUUACCCAGAUUUGUUUAGGAAAAAACGCUUGAAGCCAAUUAGAGGCAGUUACUGACAGUCAGCCUAACUUUUUGUUGACCUACCAGAGGUGAGCCUUGAGCCUCCUCACAAAUAGCUGCAGUGUGCCCACUUGUAGGUCAAGUCAGCUGGGCCUCUGAUUCACCAUUCAGCAGUUUUUUGCAAUUUCACAUAGCCUUAAUUUCUCAAUACCAGAUGUUUCCAUUUGGCUUUACCUGAAAGGGUUGCCACAACAUCCAGCCUUGACAGUGGUCAUCUUCUAAAGAUAGGAAAUAUUAAUAGGCAUUUUAUAUUAAUAGGCAUAUUAAUAUUUUAAAUCUAUCUAUCUAUCUAUCUAUCUAUAUGAUUGUAUUAUGUAAAGAACAGGUUCAUAGUAGGGAGUGGGAUUACUCCACUACACCGGUGUAGUGGAGUGCUUUAAUUUUGAAACUGUCAAAAUUCAAGCACUACAACAACAACAAAAAUCUUCCUAUGAGAAAAUGGCAUUUCCAAAGAAGUUGUUGUCAGAGAGCUGGUGACAUAGAUAAAACAAAACUUGAAGACAUCAGUAGUGGAUGAUGAAAUGACAAGUCAACUGUGUUUAUUAGUGAAGUUUAUGAGCUAAUAUGUCACCCCACCCUUUCUUGUCUCGCCCUCCCUAAUUUUACUGACUGUAAUUCUGUUUUCUCACAUACUCCUAAAGUUAGUUUGUAACAUUGUGACAGCUCUAGUAUCUACAUUGUUUACUGGGGCGCAAGCUAAGCUAAUGGGAGCUUGCCUCUUAGAAACAUGACAUCAAAAACUUGUUUUUCUUGCAAAAUUGUACAUGCAUGAGUUUUAAAUUUGAUGAAAUUUGAUAAAUUUUAAAUCAAAUGAAGUCCAAAGAGUCAAGACAAUGUGUCAACUGUCUUCUAGUUUCACCUUUCUUACCAUUUUGAACAUCUCCUACUUUUUGGCACAACUUAACUUUUUGUUUACUGUUUGCAUUUCUUGUGCUUGUUUGCAUUAUAAACUGGAUGAGUUCUAAGUGUGUUCUUCUGUCGUUUUAUUUUUACCAGGAUCAUUUUGAGCAAAACCAGUUUGAAGAGGUUGCAAGGUCACCAGCCGGGGGAAGGAAGCUGAAGCCCAAUGCCAUCCCCACUCUGUUCAGCGUUUCAGAACCUCCUUACCCUGCUGCCAGCACUCAGUACAUUAUACUACCCAUGAAACCAGAACCAGGUGACUGAAUGUGCAAUGAUAUUUCUUUGUGUUGAAUGUGACAGAAACUGAGAGGGGUCCAGUGACUUUCUGGGCUAUCUCUUGAAAGAGUUAUCUCUUUCAAUCCAGUAUAGCAGAGCAGGGUUGACCAUAGACUGGGUAAAACAUGAAUUUGGUCUCAGGGAAGUGACCAAUUUGUUCCUGAAGUGGAGUGCUGUCUACAACAGAUGGGAGUUUUUAAGCACUCCUGCACCGGCUUAAUUUCUCCCCAUCAGACUGAUGCUUACUGCUAGUUUUUAUUAACAGGUCAUUAUCAAAGCCGAACUUCAGAAGUCCAACAACAUGUAAAAAAUUUAGAGCCAAGCAACCACCUCCAUCAGCAGUGACAGCUUUUUUAAACUGACUUCCCAACUCCAUUCAAAUGAAACAGAAAGACUAUGAGAGAGUGUAAGAUUGAAAUGCCGAAAGAUUUGACAGAAAGAAGUUUGGACCACAGGAUCUUACAUCAUUUAAUGCUCACCAUUUAAUACAACACUACAUAGACACUGCUCUGUAUCUGCAGCAGAAAAGGAGCUGAAUUUCGGGGACCAUGGCUAUGCUAGACGCACCCCUCUGCCUGGCAUGGAGGAGGAGGAGGCUGAAGAACAUCAGCCCUGCGCACGCUGUCAACUCCUCAAGAAACAGCUGGAGCAGGAGAUGCAGCAUACAGCAAGGCUGCAGAGGGAGGUGAGAUAGCUGACUGUGUGUCUUUGAAGUGACUCUGCUUUCUUGUUGCUUUUUUGACAUUUAUUUUCUUUAUAUUUGGAAAAGCAAUUUCCUGUGUUUUAUUGCCAAUAAAUAAUCAUAUGGUGUAAAUAUAGUAGUUUGAAUUCUGCAUAUUGAGGCAGUGGUCAGAUAAUUGUUUUUAAUAGGAUGCCAUCAUUGUCACUAUAUGUGAUCUUAAAUUCCCUAAUUAUUUUUUCAUAAUCUAUUGCCUCUCCUGACUUCCUAUAAGCAGCUGAAAUGUAAGAGUAUUUAAGAGUAGAAAUCUGAGAGUGAACUGUAAGAUCAAACUGCUUCUGAGCAUUGUCCUCUUCAUGUCUCUGUCAGGCAGAGGAGAUGAAGAAGCGUCUAUACCGGCUCGACCGCAUCGAGAAGGGUCUCCAGAACUUUCUCUACGAGGACCAGAUCCGUGCCCUUUCUCUCAGCAAGCGCUCCCGCCGUGCUGUCUGGUCUCCAGAGACCAUCCUGAAAGCCCGAAAGAUCCGCUGUGCAGUCGGCACUAAAGGCUAUGAGUACUUGAGGGAGCUUGGAUACCCUUUGCCCUCCUACAGAACUCUGUGUAACCGCUUGGAGACAAAGAUCAUGGUGACAACUGACAUGAGCUGUGAGGAGUUGGCGGAGCUCGGCCUUGGGCUCAUGGCCACCUGUGACAGUCCAACAGGAGGGGUUGGGGAGAAUGAUGAGGAAGAGCUAAUUGGGGUUUUGUCCUGAUUAAAGCUAAAUAAAACUUUACAGAAUGUAAUGGAAGAUGGUGAGGAAAUACAGCUUAUUUUAUCUCUGAAAGACUGAGUUGUCAGUAAACGUGCACUCUGCUUGACAGAGAUAGUGAGUUGACUUGUUUGAAUUGUAACAUGGUCGUGCUUGGGAUCUGCAGAGGUAGGCACUUGCAGCUUGGUCUGGCUUUACCCCUGUGGUGUCUCUGACCACAAAGAUGCUGAGCAACAAAAUGUGCUGACGUUUGUGAGGAAUUGAAAAAAGUAGUCAAAUCAGACUGGGAGAUUGUGUUAAAGAUGAAAAGGUUUGUACAAGAUGCUGUGUCUCUCUACUGAUUUGAUGAGUGAUUCACAGACCGAAGUUACACAGGCUCUGAAACUCUGAUGAAGGUAAAGUUGCUCAAAUGUGCGGAGGAGAGUCAACCCAGAUUAGGGGACUGCUGUAAUACAGAUCAAGGGAAAGAAAACAGAAAUUGUUUUGAGCUGGGAUGAAAAUUGACUUCCUCUGUGUACAACCCCAGUUCAGAAAUAGCUGUGUCACAGUCUCAGAUGUCCAUAUAAACAGAAAUGAUAGCUUCCAAUAAAUACAACUUAUCAAAUGAUGAAACUGAAAAUCAUUUUUAAUGAUCUGCUCAUUUUAAAUUUGAUGCCAGUAACAUGUUUCAAAACAGUCAGUACAAGGGCAUGUUUACCAUUUUGUUGCAUCAUCUCCUCUUUGGGCAAGACUCUGUCCGUGUUUGUGAACCAUGUACACCCGCUUCAGGAAUAUGGAAAGUAACAUUUUGUACCAUUCUUGCCUGAUAAAGGAUUUCAGCAGCUCAACAGUUCAGGGUCUCCUUCAUGGUAUAUUGUGUUAUAUUUAAAUUGUUUUAAAUGGGCAAAUUUGUUUCUGCAGGACAGCCAGUUAAGCAUUUGUUCUCCUCUAUUACGCAGCCGUGCUGUAGCUGUAUGUGCAGAGUGUAGUUUGCUGUUUUGCUGAAGCAUUUCUGAAAAAGGCACUGUCUGCGUGGCAGUAUACAGUGCAUUGGAAAAGUAUUCAUACCCCUUGAACUUUUUCACAUUUUGUCUCUCUACAACCACAAACUUAAAAGUAUUUUAUUGAGAUUUUUUGUCAUAGACCAACACAAAGUAGAACAUAAUUGUGAAGUAGAACAAAAAUGAUACAUGGUUUUCAAAAAUUUAAACAAAUAAAAAUCUGAAAAGUGU